AUGGCGUAUAAUAGCAUCUUUGCAACUGUUCAUCGGCACGGGACGUUCGCUGGUCUGGGUCUUCCAGACAGCCGUCCUGCCGACAAAGCAGCGGUCGCCGAUAGGCAAGUUCGGUUCAUGGCGUCAACGCAUGUAGCUGGUCUACAUAAUUUGAAUGAGGCUUAUCUCUAUUUCAUGGAUGUGAGUGAGGAGGUUGUAAAGGCUGGAACCAAUUUGUCGACUGUUUCGACCAAGUUAGAGAUUUCAAUUGUUAGGAGGGUGGAAAAUUAUUGGCGAGCCGAAAAUGUUCUCAUGCGUAUUUUUAAAAAUGCUGGGGACAUUUACGAGGAGGGAAAAUUGAAGGCUGCGGCGGAAAAUAGGGAGGUUCGUGAGGUUACCUUAUGUGACAACCCUCGUGACAAAGAGGAUGAGGACGGUAGUCGUUUUAAAUUUCAAAGACGUAAGGGUGCGGCGGCCAAGUCUGGAAUGCAGUAUCCUCGCAACGAAACCGUUGCCGGAGUAUAUCUAGGCGAUAGACCGCCAUGUUACUAUGAUGUCGAGUUCGCCGUGAAACCAUUGCAGGAAGACGCGACUCUUCUGUAUAGGGAGGUCAACGUCUUGAGGUGCACUUUAGACCUCAUGAUAUAUCCACUCAUCCAUCUUCACGGAGAGUAUUCACUUCAGCAAAAUGACCGAGAUCAAGCCAAUUCCUUACACGAGUAUAAUUAUUGCAAAAAGAGAUGGACAGCUCUUCGCGACAAUUUUCGAAAAUGUCUAAAAGCCAGAAAAACUACGAGUGGUCAAGCAAAUAUACCAACAAAAAAGUGGAAAUAUGAAGACAUAAUGUCUUUCAUGAUCCCUUUUUAUGCAGAAAGGACACAAAAAUCAAAUCUUGAAGAAAGCGAAGUACAAGAACAACCUCGUGAACAACGUUUGAAUAUUUCUGAUGAUGAAGUUGAUGCUGAUAUCACGAAUGACAAUGACAAUGCGAUGAAUGACUUCCGUCGACCCCCCUCCGCCAACAAUAAUACUAUUCAUUCACAAGGUACCCCGAAUUCCCGAGAAUAUGCCUCAAAAUUUAAUCGACAGCAACAGUCUACCCCAAUGACGAAAGUGUUAACCAAUUAUUUUGAAGAAAAGCAAGCCUCAACAGUAAGCAAACAGAGGGAUCAUUUACAAAAAAUUUUUGAUGCCAUGCAAGAAACAGUUAGGACAUUUUCACCACGCCUUCAGAUCGAAAUUAAAUCCAAAAUAUCGAACAUGGUUUCAGAAUAUGAACUAAAGGACCUUAUGAGUAAGGAACUUCCCAAUAUGCCCCCAAAUGGAGUCCGGCAUUCAUCCACUAGAUCAGAAUCAGCUGGUUCUCCUCUGCUUAGUCCGGGAUCAGAAACUUAUCCAAUACAGUGGCAAGUUCAGAUGAGUGAUCCGCCAUAUUCAUCUUCUAAUCAGUCGCCUUUUUCACGUUCUCCUAUUGUAAUUGAAGUAUCUGAAAAUAGUAACUCAUUCCAGGUGCAAGAUCAGUCAAGUUCCAGAAAUGAAAAUUAUACAAUCCAGUGGCAAGAUCAGACGAAUGUACCUGGGUUAAAUUCAAUUGCUGCUCCACGCUUAUAUUUCGCAAAUUCAAGGUUACCUUCAAGGUUCACGCAGGAAAAAGAAAAAGCCAAUAAUUCAGAUAUUAAUUGCAAAAAUUAUCAGGAACUAUAA